AGUUUGCUUGCUUUAAAUCUGGAGUUAAUGAAAGGUUUGGAGUUUACCCAGGAUACUGGAGAGGGCUGAGACCUGUUUUAAGCUAAUGUGAUCUAUAUGUCAAAUAUUUUUAGUUGGACAGGAAUGAGGGUCUAGAUAGAAGAAACAGUAAUAACAAUGAACUCUGCUUCUUGAUGUACUGCAGACAGAGGAGAUGGAAAAUGACAACAGCACAGUGGUGAAAGAAUUCAUCCUUCUUGGUCUCACCCAGUCUCGAGAUAUUCAGCUCCUGGUCUUUGUCCUAGUUUUAAUUUUCUAUCUCAUCAUCCUUCCUGGAAAUUUCCUCAUCAUCCUCACCAUCAGAUCAGACCCUGGUCUCACAGCUCCCCUCUACUUCUUUCUGGGCAACUUGGCUUUCCUGGAUGCAUCCUACUCCUUCAUUGUGGCUCCCAGGAUGCUGGUGGACUUCCUCUCUGAGAAGAAGGUAAUCUCCUACAGGGGCUGCAUCACUCAGCUCUUUUUCUUGCACUUCCUUGGAGGAGGGGAAGGGUUACUCCUUGUUGUGAUGGCCUUUGACCGCUAUAUCGCCAUCUGUCGGCCUUUACACUAUUCCACAGUCAUGAACCCUAGAGCCUGCUAUGCCUUGCUGUUGGCCCUGUGGCUUGGAGGCUUUGUCCACUCCAUUAUCCAGGUGGCCCUCAUCCUCCACUUACCCUUCUGUGGCCCAAACCAACUGGAUAACUUCUUCUGUGAUGUGCCACAGGUCAUCAAGCUGGCCUGCACAGACACCUUCGUGGUGGAGCUUCUAAUGGUCUUCAACAGUGGCCUGAUGACCCUCCUGUGCUUCCUGGGGCUUCUGGCCUCCUAUGCAGUCAUCCUCUGUCGUGUACAUGGAUCUUCCUCUGAGGGGAAGAGCAAGGCCGUAUCCACAUGCACCACCCAUAUCAUCGUUAUAUUUCUUAUGUUUGGGCCUGGCAUCUUUAUCUACACUCGCCCCUUCAGAGCCUUCCCAGCUGACAAGGUGGUUUCUCUCUUUCACACAGUGAUCUUUCCUUUGCUGAAUCCUGUGAUUUAUACACUUCGCAACCAGGAAGUAAAAGCUUCCAUGAGGAGGCUGUUUAAUCAGCACCUAGCCUAA